AGAACCAUGGCAACAAAAUUUCCCUUGGUAACCCCACGAGGGUGGGUGGGUGUUUCAGUAAGAAAUCAACAACUUCUAAAUGCUUCUUUUAUUAAAUCCUAAUCAUGUCAAGUACAUAUUUUAAUGAGAUUUGGCAUCAGGCUCAACAUGAAUGCGAAUUGUUAAGUACAAUCGACUAUGAGCGUCAGCAUCAGGACUUGGACACAACGGUCGGAUCGAUUAAUGCCGCUGUGGGAUCUGUAGCAGCCGAUGCCGAUGCCAAGGCUUUGCUCCAGGCAAGUCUUUAUGAGUUCUAUUUGCGUUAUAUUUGCCUGAGCAAUCGAUUGGAGGAUGUCUACGAUAAUAUGAUACAACCGCAAAAGCGGCAACUGGUGCGAAAGCUCCUGGAUGCCUGUUUGGGUCGUGUGAUAGAGCUCAAGCAUGAUCUAGUUAAUAUUGACUUGAUGGAGUUUAGCUACAAUGAUGAUGUGGUCGAACGAUUGCGUCUAACCCCUAUGGAGACGGAAUUGAAGAUUCCGAGAUAUUUUUUACGUGAACGAGAACAGGAAUUGGAAUUCCGUAAGCGAGCAAUGCACGAAAUCCUUUUGAAGUUGGGUUGGUUAGAGGAGCACGAGAUGGAGGAGACUGUGACAACGGAAAUUGAGGCCAUUCGGUUGCUCCAGAUGCAUGAGAGGGCCCGUCAGGGUCGUCUGCGUGCGCACUUUAUGAAGGAGAUUCGUAUACUAAAGGAGAAGGGCAAAUCCGAAGAGCGUAGCGAAAAGGAAAGGAGUGAUUCCGGACUCCUGGCGGCUAUGAAAAUACAAAAGAUGUGGCGUGGACACACAGCACGACGUAUAACGCGGCGCCGAAAGAUGGAAGAGAUGAUUUUAAUUGGCAUGCUGCCACCACCGGCUGCAGUGGUUAGGGAGCGAGCCGAGAAGCUUGAGAAAUUACAGCACAACGAGAAGCGCUAUGAGGCCCAGGUUGUGUAUGCAGAGCAGUACGAGGCACGGCAAAGGGUAUUACUAGAGGAGAUCAGGCAGAAACAUGGAGCAUCCAUAAAAGAAGACAUUGCCGAUGAGAUUCGGGCUUGGAUCAAGGAUUGCUAUGAAAAAACAGGCAAGCUGCCAGAUUUUCCUUCGGAAGAUCAGGGCGGAUCUUUGCACAUCUUUAGCAGACCUGGGACAGAGAGCGAGCAUAGUAGGUCCUCGGCACGAUCAUCAAAGGAAUCGCGCAAAACAAAAGAUAAAUCCAAGUCGCCGGCCCGCAGUGGAGAUUUAAACGUAAACGAGAACCAAGAGGAAGAAAUAAGCUUUCAACCGGCGCAAUCAGUAGUCCUGCCCGACAUCCGCGCUGAAAUUGAUCUCUUUAAUGACACCUGGCGAGACAAAGACGAGACGGGUGUGAUUAGCCAGGCAGCAUAUGAGGAUAUGAUUUACUCUGACAAGUAUCAAGAAGUCGAAUUGGAAUUCAGACGGGCCGUGGAUGAUGUGAUGCGUCAGGAGAUUGAAUUGCUCCAAACGGCUGUGGGUAAGAAGAUUAAGAAAAGCAGCAAAAAGACGCGACGUUCUGGCAAGAAAAACAAAAAGAAAAAGGAGAAGGAUUUGACUCCAGAUCGUACUACUGAAUCGCUAUAUGAGGAGUUGGUGACCAAUGGCAUCAUUCGCAAAUAUCCUGAGAUAAACCUAAAGCAAUUUCUCGGUGACAAGGCUUUAACUGCUCGCAACGGAACCAAUCCAUCGCCAGGGGAUAUACGUCAGAUUCUCACCGAGUACUGUAUCCUACCAAUGGGAUCGGAAGCAAUACAUAAUUCCACCCCAUUAAUACGGUCUGUAUUGCUGGCCGGUCCACGAGGAUCGGGAAAGAAGGCACUUCUCCAUGCCAUUUGUACUGAGGUGGGUGCUGUGCUUUUUGAUCUGACACCUGCAAACAUUGUGGGAAAAUAUCCUGGCAAAUCUGGUCUGAUCAUGCUGAUACAUUUGGUGCUUAAAGUCUCACGACUGCUGCAACCAGCCGUCAUCUACAUGGGCGAUGCAGAGCGUCCGUUUAUGAAGAAAAUUCCGAAAACAGAUCGCACUGAUCCCAAGCGUCUAAAAAAGGAUUUGCCCAAGCUAAUUAAAAACAUUGCUCCCGAAGAUCGUGUCAUUUUCGUGGGUACAACAAAUCUGCCUUGGGAAGCCGAUCAAAAACUUCUUCAAUCGGUUUAUAACCGUUUCAUUUAUAUACCACGUCCGGAUUAUGGAGCCAUGUCGCAAGCUUGGAAGAUAUUGCUUCAGCAGUAUUCUGGUGGCCAGUCCAAUUUGGAUACCAGUGCUAUGGCGAAAAUAUCUGAUGGCUAUACUAUUGGAUCCAUUGAUGCAUGUCUCAAGGAAGUGAUGACAUGCAAACGUAAACUUCAAUUGCGAACUCAGCCGUUGACCAAUGCCGAACUAAUUAAUGUCCUUUGCUCUCGCGAUCCCGUUUAUCGCGAGGAGGAAGAAGCGUUUGAGUCGUGGUGGUCAAAAACGCCGCUGGGUCGUCGGCGUCAAAGAUUUCUAGAGCUGGAAGAAGAGCGCCUUAUCGAGGAGCAGGCCCAGGCAGCCAAACAGGGAAAUGGCAACAAAAAGAAAGGACAAAACUGA